AUGAAACCCACUUCACACGAUGGUCGAGGUGAAUCUGAGGACGAUCGUUCGGGGAGCGAAAAAAGGAGGAUUAGAUUUGAUAACAACACUGAAGGGUAUUACAAAGGGCCUGAACUGUUGGUAGACCUACAGAAUUAUGAUUACUCUCUUGAUAUGUGGAGUCUUGGAUGUAUGCUUGCUGGGAUGACGUUUAGGAGGGAACCGUUCUUUCAUGGUCAUGACAACUACGAUCAGUUGGUGAAGAUCGCCCGUGUAUUGGGGACAGACGAGCUGUUUGAGUAUCUGGACAAGUAUGACCUAGAUUUGGAUCCCAACUUUGACGAUAUACUCGGGAGGCACCCUCGAAAGCCCUGGCAGAAGUUCAUCACAGCGGAGAAUCAACAUUUGGUAUCCAAUGAAUCGAUCGAUUUGUUGGAUAAAAUGUUACGGUACGACCACGCUUCGCGUAUUCUGCCGAAGGAAGCAAUGUUGCAUCCGUACUUCAAGCCACUUGAGAACUAUCACAUCAUGAGAAUCACGAAUAAUGAGAAAUCAACGAUAUUGAUAAUUAUCAUUGUCCUCGCAUGCUGCGAUGAGAAUAAUGGUCGCUUCAAAAAUCAUCGUGGCGUACGCGAGCUGAAAACUCGGGAGUGA